GCGGAACGUGUUUGGCCUUGUGCCACACUUCCUUCGACCGCCCAAUCAAUGAAGACGCAGUGAUGCGAUGACCUGCAGGAUCUUCACACUGUUGGCUGUGGUGGUGCCUGGAGUUUGGUCUACAUGGUCGUGGAGCACUUUGGAGGUGCAAGGUGCCCCAUCGAAGCGUCAAGGACAUGCUUCUGUGGAGGUUGGCCGCAAGAUCUACAUCAUUGGGGGAUGCGUCCAGGAGAUUCGCUGCUUCAAUGAUGUGCACGUCUUCGACACAGGCACGCAGAAGUGGAGCCAGGAGCUGGUGAGUGGCGCUCCUCCGGCUCCUCGGGGUGGUCAUACCGCCACCUUGGUUGGAAGUGACAUCUUCGUGAUCGGAGGAGCCAACAGUCAGGCGACCUUGGGAGACGUGUACCGUUUAGACUUGGUGCGGAAGCGUUGGACGAAACUGGAGCAGCCAGCUGGCUUGAAGCUGUCCAACCGCACGAGCCAUGCAGCUGUGGCCACCACAGGAGGACGCCUCUUCCUCUUUGGAGGCUACGAUGCCGAGGGCAACUUCUUGAAUGACUUGUGGGUGCUCCGUCCGACUUUGUCGCCGCCCUUCAGCCCGGAUGCGCCCGAUGUGCUUGAAACGGCGGCGCUGGCCUGGUCGAGACCCGUGCCUGUCGGAGAGGUGCCCGAACCUCGAGAAGGUCAUUCUCUCACCCUCCUGGACGAGCAGCUCCUUCUUUUCGGUGGCUACACCGCGGCGGGAACCGAGACCAAUGACUUGCACAUGUACGACAUCUCCAAGCAGACGUGGAAGCAGGUCGCUGUUUCUGGAGCCGGCCCAAGCCCACGACAGGCGCACAGUGCAGCGCGGCACGGACACCAGUUGGUGGUGGCUGGGGGUUGCAGUGGCAGUGUCUGCUUCAGUGAUGUCUGGAGCUUUGAUCCUAUGGCCUUGCGCUGGACGCAGAGGUCUUCGUCCCCUAUGCCCUGGCGAGAACGAGAAGGACACAGUGCUACCUUCGUGGGUGGCCACAUGUUCGUGUUCGGUGGCUGCCAGGUCUCCUCAGAGUGCUUCAACGAUGUGUCGGUGCUGGACACCCUCGAGCCCUGUCCCGAGCAGUGCGCGGGGCACGGAACUUGUGUGGAUGGGCUCUACUGCCAAUGCACCACGCCGGGUUUCACGGGCCAUGAUUGCCUACAGCCCUUGACGUGCCAUCUGGACUGUGGCCUUCAUGGAUCUUGUGGGCAAGAUGGACAAUGUGCUUGCAGCAACGGCUGGAGUGGUCACACGUGCCAAGAUCCACCCCGCUGCCCUGGCGCCCCCCUUCCAUGCAGCGGCCGUGGUGAAUGCCUCGCUGGCGGCACCUGCAGGUGUCAGGCUGGUGCGGCUGGGCUGGACUGCUUUGCGGAUGCCACGAACCACAGUAAUCUGACGGCCUCGCGCCCCUUCUUUGCUCGGCGCUUGGUGCAACACCUUCUCUCCUUCACUGAGAAAGAGACCAAAGAGCCGCGACUGCAGAAUGGGCAGAGCAUCUCGCCAGCAGACUUUGGUAUCCACGUGAACGAGGAUGGGCAUGAGGGGGAAGCUUCACCUGACUGCGAAGACAAUUGUCAUUGGCGUGGACUGUGCGACGCUGGUGUGUGUUAUUGCCAGCCAGGCUUUUCGGGCAGGACUUGUUCUGUGGCCAAGGAGAACACGGAUGGCACCAUCAGCAUUGUGGCAACAGGUGCCAUGGCUGGGGUCAGCUUCUUGUGCUCCUUGGGGAUCACCAUGACACUUCUCUAUGCGCAGCAGAAGCAAAAACGAGCCAAGGACAUGGACGCGGGGUACAACGCCCUUUAACGGGCGCCCAGCUGCCGUGAAAAUGGAGAAGAAAACGCACGGUCUGGGCUGCCUUUUCUGGGGGUCUGGGAGCGAAUUUCGUUGAGUGUGACGGUGUAGGGACGUUUUGACAUCCA